AUGGACUCGGCCAAGAUCUUCGCUCUGGGCCUGGCUGCCGGCCUCGCCAUCCACGUCGUGAUGCGCAAGCAGGCAAAGAAACCUUCUACGGAAGAAGCAGGCAGCAAGUCGCAGGUGCCAAUAACGUCCAAGUCGAGCAAGAAGAGCAAGAACAAGAAGAAGGGCAAGGAUGCCACUCCGGUUGUUGCGGCGUCAGAGCCCUCCUCCAAAGUAGAGCCGGCCGACGUACAGCCACCAGCUGCAGCAGUUGUAGGCGAACAAGCCCCCGUUGCUAUUCAGACUGCCUCGCAGAAGAAGAAGAACAAAAAGCCGAAGCAGCAGCAGCAGCAGCAGCAGCAGCAGCAGCAGCAGUCGCAACCCGCCGCCGAGACCAGCGAGAGCUAUGCGGCCGUCGCAGAAACUACACCCGCUAUCAACAACGACACCAUCCGCGCCAAAGCGGAUGCAGCCCAAACUGCCUUCACCACGUCGUUGGGCGACAUGCGCGAUGCCGACGUCGACCCUUUGCCCGCUGGCUACAGCGCUGUGGCCCGCAUCCCCGCCCCGGAGGUUGCAACGCCCAAGCCCAAGCUCUCCAAGAAGGAGCUCGAUGACGGCUGGUCCAACGUCGGCGGUACUUUCCCUUCGUCCAGUGCUUCGUCUUCGGCUGCUGCGAAGCUCAACGGCUCCAGCAACAUCGGCAGCAGCAAGGCCAACGGCGUAAUUAAAAGCUCAAUUGCGUCGACCAACCCCUUCGCUGCGCUGCCGGACGACGCCACCACUUCGUCUGUACGUCGAAUCCCCGUCAAAUCCUCCUCGGCCAACGGCAGCGGCAGCAAUGGUAGCGGGUGGACCGUCGCUUCUCCCUCCGCGAGCAGGCCCAAGGCCACCUCCACGGACGGCGCAGUCUCGGCAGAGACUAAAAAACAGCGCUCCAACGCCAACAAGGCACAAGCUAAAAAGCAGGCCAAGGAGGAAGCAGAUCGACUACAGGCCGAGCGACUCGCAAACCACCGCAGGCAGCAGGCGACCGAGGCGGCGAAACAGCGAGAGGCGGCUGCGAGACCCGCGCCCAAGUCGGUGCCCGGUAGCAGUAGCAAGCUGCCUCAGGCAAAGGCGAGUGUUGAUCUCAAUGGCAGGUUGGUUUGGGAUUGA